AUGAAGACUAAGUUCGAAUGCCACCAAGAGAAGUCUGUCUCCAGAAACACUCGAACUGAUACGCUAGCGUGGAAUCACACGACUACAGGCAACCGCCAACUCGUGUUCGAACUUGCAAAACAAAGCGGAGAGGCGAUGAGAGAUCUUAAUGAGAGAAGAGCAGCAGCCAUGGUGAAGCUGCAGGGGCUGGAAAAAGCAUUCGCAAAGCCCAUCGAAGCUUCUCCAAUUGCAAAAGCAACAUAA